AUGACGACGCUGGAAAAGAUCGGGAUCCAGGGGAUACGGAGCUACGGCGACGAGGAGGCGCAGGAGCUGGAGUUCGCGUCGCCCAUCACGGUGAUCUACGGAAACAACGGGAGCGGAAAGUCGACGAUCAUCGAGUGUCUGAAGAUGAGUUGCACGGGGGACUUCCCCCCCAACGCAGACAAGGGAAAGUCAUUCAUACACGACCCCUUAAUAUCUAAUAAAAUGAACAUCAGGGGAAAAAUAAAUCUGCUCUUGAAAAAUUACAACGACAAGAGGAUUGGCAUCUCCAGAUCAUUCACUCUAUUCUAUAGUAAAGACAAAAAUAAAAAAAUAAAACACACCUUUAGAGCAUUGGAUAAUAGCAUCAUUAUAAAAAAGGAAGAGGGACAAGAGGAUGUAAUAAUUACCAAUAAGUGCCUAGAUAUAAAUGAACACAUUCCAAAAUUAAUGGGAGUUUCGAAGGCUCUGUUGGAAAAUGUAAUUCUAUGCCAUCAUGAGGAGAGUCUGUGGCCAUUUAGCGAGUCAUUAAAAAUAAAAAAAAAAUUUGAUGAACUUUUUGGAGAUGAUCAUUUUUCAAAAAUUUUGGACGAAUUUACAAAAUGUAGAAAGACAAUGAAUGAUGUGCUGAAGAGGAAGGAAUAUGAGUUGGCCACAUUGAGGGAGUGCUACGGUAAAAAGAAGAAUAUCGCUUUGGAAAUUCGAAGGAACGAGCAAGAAAUAGGAGAGUGCCAAACGGUUAUGCAGUUGGACGUGGAGCAAAUAGAAGAAAGUGUUCUCAUUUUAGAUACACUAGAAAAAAAAAGGUCCUUAUUGGGAAAGCUAACUUCCAGCAUUGACAUGUUUUUUGCUAUUCACGAGAAAUUUCAAGACGACCUUCAAAAUUAUAAAGCCCUUAAGGAGAUAUAUGAGGAGGAUGUCUCCGAGUUGGAAGAUUUUGCCCGACUCUUCCAGAUGGACUUGGCCAAAUGUAACUCCCUGAUUGAGCAAGUUAGUAAUGAGAUUGCCUCGUUGGAGAAGCAGACCUCUUUGGCUAUCCACCCGUGUGAUGAGGAAGAUGUCAAACGAAGAGAUUCAAUUUGCUCCAGCUUAUUUCAUUUGGAGGAACGACGGGGGGAAGCACACACGUUGGUCAAAGCCAUUUUGGAUAUGAAUAACUCAACCACCGCGAGUGGAGGGGAGAGGAGGCAUCUUCGGGGGAACCUCUCUGAGGAGCGUACCCGGGUGGGUCGCCUUAUCCAGGAGAACGAGUCCUUUUGGGGCGGCUUCCCGGCUCAGUGGAGGGCCCUCUUGGGGGGAGGCGGCCCCAAAUGGGUGCUCCGCGGGGGGGGUAGCAGCGGUGCGGAAAAAAGCGGUGGGAGUAGCGGCGGUGGGAAUAGCGGUGGUGAUGGCAUCCGUGGUGACAGCAUCCGUGGCGAUAUCAUCCGCGGUGCUAACCCCACCAGUGGAAGCCCCCCCUGUGCGAAACAAAUGCGCAGGAAACGCGCGGAGGCGCUGGCCCGGCUCAGAGCCGAGGUGCGGAAGGACGCCUUGGAGAGACUCCAACUGAGGAGGAAAAAAAAGAUCCUCACGGAAAAGGCGAAAAGGUGGAAAAGGAGGAUAUCCAAAAUGGAAAAAAGAAUUGCCACCAUGGAGAGGCACAAAGAUGAUUUGGCCACAUUCAAAGGGAGCGACGAGUCGUACAGGCAAAAUUGCAAACAUUUAGACAAAAUGAACCAGCUGGGAUGCGUCUACGACAGCAUCGGCUUGGGCGAGGCGAACUGCGGGGAGGGAAGCAGCCACGCCGAUGAGGACAUUGAGGGGAAGAAAGGGCAGCUCAGAAAAAUAGAAAAAUUGAAGAAGCAACUGGACCAAGUGCUCCUCCUUGUAAACCACUAUGAGAAGGUUUGGGAAUAUUUUUUGAACCUCCGGAGGGUGCGUCGCAAGGUGGCAUCCUUCCUCGAUGAGAGGAGAGCCCUUCUUUCCGAGCUGGAGAAGCUACCCAAGGUGUGCCGCUCCAUAGGGGGGACUAGCGGAGACUGGGAGGGAGAAGCCGAUUUGGCAGAGGGGGUAGACGACGGGCAGGAGUGCUCCACGGGGGAAGAGGAAGAGGAGGAGAAGGAAGAAGUUGAGGGGGGAGGCCAGGACGAAAAGGAAGACCCCAAUGAAGAGGGGCACGCUGAACCGGAAGGAACAAAUAACGUGCCCAAAAUUGCCAAACUGGAAAGUUGCACACUGUUAGGGGGUCCCUCCGAAGCGGAUUUGAGGGAGCCCCCCCGUGGAGGGGCCAUCAGUGGAGAGUGCUUCACAGGAGAGUCACUCACUGGAGAAACUCGCAACAAACGAAACAAACGGACGAACGAGCCCCGCGAAGAGACCCACAGUCGACUGAAACGGAAGAAGCUACUCAAGGAGGAAGCCCCCCCUGGGCAGAGCUACUUAAACAAAUUAAACGGAGUGAUCAGCCAGCAUAUAAACAGAUAUGAAGACAAGAUAAAAGAGGUGGAAGAAGAAGCCUCCAAGUUGAAGCAAAGGUUGGUUCUAACUUGUGAAGCGGUGCGCGAUGUGAGCAAGCGGGUAGGACGCUACCCAGAUGUGCUAACUCAGUUCAGGGGGGUGCUCGAAAAGAAGAACUUCAAAAGUGUAAAAGAUAUGUUCGCCCAUUUUGGUAAAGUCAGGAGGGACAUGAAGAAAAUCAAAAUGGAGAUGGUCGCUUUAAAAACUAAGGAAGAAUCGCUCAGUCGUUUUUUGCAGCAUGCCCAGGGGGGGAAGACGUGUCUGCUGUGCAAGGGACCCAUUAGUGAGGCUACUCCGGAGGGGUUCUCCUUGCUAGAGGUGGAUAAGGAGAGGAAAGUCAUAACCCUAGAGAUGGAAGACAAGGAAAAAACGCUCACAAAUUUAAGAGGCGAAAAAAAAGAAUUGAUGCUUCUGCUGCGGCGUUACUACAAGGAGGUUGAUCCCCUACAGAGGGACAGCGCCUCCCUGGGUGAAAUGAUCAACUCGCUUAAAAAGGAACUUUUGAAUCUGCAAAAUGGGGUAGACAGAUGCUCCGAGAGGAUAAAUAAAAUGAGUGGAAAGUACCAACUGAUGAAGCUUUUGCAGGAGAGGUGCGCCCACCUGGUGCAGAGCGAAAUGGAUAUCUUUCGCGAGAGGGAUCAGCUGGAUGUGCAGCGGGCCGAAGUGAGGGCCGCACUGAGUGGGCUAAGACAAAUGCUCAGCGGGGGGAAGCACCACAGGGAAGCUCUGCAGUCGAUGUUAGAGCUGCUCGAAGGGGGAGAGGCACAAAAGGAUCUGCGGCAGCUUCUCCGGGAGUUUCUCCCGAACGUUACUCUCCUGUGUGAGUGUCCACAUGUCCACUUCAUGGUGGAGAAGGUCAGCGCAUAUAUGGAAGACAGCUGCGGCUUAUUUGGGCGAGACGACCUGUUCUGCCAUCUCGGGGAGACAUUGCCAAAUUGGGCGGAGAGCAAGACGCACCAGGUUGUCAUUGGAGAAGUAAAGCAAGACGAAGCGGGGAAAGAGUGCACAGGGGAUACCAAAUUGGGGGAGGAGCCAACAAAUGAACCGCAAAAAGUAGCUGCCCACUGCACUGCAUAUGGGGAAACCCACCCGAGGAGUUUCUGCCCACAGAAGGGAGACUGCCCUGUUAAUUGCGCAAAACGUGGGGAAGAAAAGGCGCCCCCCUUGAGUAACACCCGCAUGUGUGUAUCUUCCAAGUGCGAAGUGGACGAACGAGAGGAGUUAAUCACCCUCGAGUCAAUAGCCAUGCAUAAUGAAAAGUUCAUAAAGGCGUACGGCAACCUGCAGAUGUGCACCACCCUGGAGGCACUGAAGAAGGAGCAAGAAAUAGAUCUCUCAGUUCGUUUCAAAGCAGCCAUUCGUGAGAGGAAGGAAGUCAUUAAGAGGAAGACAGAGGAAGCACAGCGCAGCGUAGAAAGGGAAAAACAAAUUAGGGAGUCCAUCCGCAAAGCGCAGGAGUAUAUAGAGAGCCAAUUGCGUAGGAAGAAUAGCUUAUACAGAAGAGAAGAGGAAGCGGUGACAAGCAUAAAAAAACUGCACCUGAGGGAUAGGCAGAUGGGGAGGAACAUCCGAAGGUGCAGAAACGACAUGGUGCUCCAAAAUAAAUUGCAUUACGUCAAAGUGGAGAUGGUGAAGCUGCUACACCGACACAUGGCCGCCAUUCAACUGGACAUGGAAAGGAAGAGAGAGGAACUGAACCAAGUGGAGGAAAAAAUACACAGCAACGAAAUGAUGCAAAAUGAAUCAAACGAGCUUGCAAAAAAGGUGAGGCAAAAGAAGGAGCAAAUUUUGUCCCUACAGGAGGAAAAAAUGAACAUCGAAAAAAUGCACCACAAUGUUGUCAUCAACACAAAUUUGAAGAAGUUGCACGAAAAGUUUUUGCUCCACCAAAGGAGUUUUAUUUCCUCACUGGAGAAAUUUAGAAAUGCCUUCUUCCCCCCUGAACAGAAGGGGGAACAGGUGCAUAAGGUAACCUCCUUAAUUGCCUUGCUGGAGGAAGUGUACCAAACGGAUUGCAAUAUUUACAAAUUUUUGGAAGAGAGCUUUUCCUUCUUGGGUUACAGAAGCGAGUUACUCCAAUUGGUCCAGCUGGAGGAAGACAGCUUGAGGGAACAAAUAGACCUCCAUUCGAAAGCGACCACCAGUCUGAAAAUGAAGGAAGCGGAAAUGAAGGGGAAAAUCGAGUUGCGGAAAGAAUACAUAGACAAGCUAACCAGCGAAAUGAACUCAGACACUUACGCUGACGUAGAAAAAAAAUAUAAAAAAAAAAUAAUCGAAAUUUUUGUAUACAAAAAUGUGAUCAAAGAUAUAUGCAACUUUUAUAACUCCUUCGAUCAAGCAAUCAUCAAAUUUCAUUCGCUCAAAAUGCAGGAAAUUAAUUUAUCCAUUAGGAACUUAUGGAGGAGGGUCUACAACAGUGCAGACAUUGACUACAUAUACAUUAAGUCGGAGGCACAAACGGAGAGUAAUGGGAAAGUGCAGCAGAGGAGGUCCUAUAAUUAUCGUGUCGUUAUGGUUAAAGAUAACUGCGAAUUGGAUAUGAAGGGGAGGUGCUCCUCUGGACAGAAGGUCCUUUCCUCCAUCAUCAUUCGACUGGCUCUAGCGGAAUCCUUCUCCAUCAAAUGUGGGAUUCUUGCUCUAGACGAACCCACCACCAAUUUGGAUAAGUCUAAUUCUAAAAAUCUGGCUAGCCUCAUUGCCAAUAUCGUCGACCUCCGGAAGGACAGCUCCGCCUUCCAGCUCAUUCUCAUCACGCACGACACGCACUUCGUCGAUGUGCUUUCGCAGUACGGGCUGACCAACUGCUUCUACAAGGUUAGGAAGGACCGCCGGGGCUACUCGACCAUCGCCAGGGUGCGCCAGUAG